AUGAGUAAAGCAGAAAUUAGAGUGAAAACUCUUGAAGAAUUACUAAAUAAAGCAAAAGAAUAUGUGGUUAACCAAGGCGGAAAAGAAAAAGUAAGUUUAACUGCCAUUUCGCAAAGCAGUGGCACUUAUAGUGGAAACGGCAGUGGUAAAUUAGUCAAAACUUCGCCUGGAAGUAUUGUGGUGGAAUUGCAGGGAACUGACCAAAAAAAGUUUUUGCUGGAAGUGGACCAACAGCCUGAGGAAGUUCCAGUCGGAGAAUUCAGCAAAGACAAUUUUUUCUCUCGACAGCACCAAGAGCUCUAUAAAAAAGUUCAUACAGAAAUAGGUAAGAUUGUUGAUAUUAGGUCAAUUACUAAACCAAUUCCAUCCUACUCUUCUCCUCCGAUAAAAGACAAUUUUCCACCGCACAAUUUUAGUGUUAGUGUUGUUGCUCGCUUUUGUUCCAAUCUUCAAGAAUUAAAAAAUGAGAUAAAAGAUAAUAAGCAAGAAGCAACGGUAAAUGGCGGACAAGUCGAGACAGACCCUUUUCGCUUAGAAAGAGAAGUAAAAGAUUACUGGAAUAAUUUGGUCGGUAAUAAGGAAACCGAAAAUAAUAAUCGAGAAAUAAAGCACGACCAAAGCCAAGUAGUAGCCAAAAUUAAAGAAUUAAAGAACAAGCAAAAAACGAUAAGCCGGGAAAUUGCCAACGCUAAUAACUUAACUAGGAAACAAGAAUUAGAAAAAGAAAAAGCCGUUUUAGACAAGGAAAUAGAACAAUUGGAGAAAGAAAACUUUCCAAAAAAGGGAAACAAAACCCCCUAUAUUUUGGCUGCGAUAGUCAUUUUUUUCAUUUUGGACAAAGGAAAGAAAAUACUAGAAGAAAUAAAAAAAUGUCGGCAAGGAGUAGAUUAUAAUUUUUCCCAGGAAGAAAAUAGUCCGAAAGAAAUUUAUACUAUUCUCUCCGAAGCGUUAAAAAAGUUAUGUUGUUUUUAUUCCGAAUAUGUGGAGGAAAACGACAGCAGUGGUUAUACUCAAAUAGUAGUUAAAAAUCAAGGGCUAAUUGCCGAAUUAAAAGAAAGAAAACGAGGAGAUUUGUUAAAAAUAACAGGAAUCGUUAAAAGAAAAGGAAACCAAGGCGAAGAAGUGGAAAUAGAACUAGAAAAACAGCAAUUAAUUAAUGCUAGUAAAGAAUUGCCUUUUGAAAUCAAGGAUGAAAUUAAUAUUAAUGAAGAUACUAAAUAUCGCUAUCGUUAUUUAGAUUUACGUCGUCCCAAUAGUAAAAAACUUCUGGUGGUUAAAAACCAAUUUUGCCAUGAAUUACGAAAUUUUCUCCAUAAACAGGGAUUUAUUGAUAUUGAAACUCCUAUUUUAGCCCAAAGUUCCCCCGAAGGUGCUAACUGUUUUAUCGUUCCUGCUAACUUGCCAAACCGUUAUUAUACCUUGCCCCAGUCCGCCCAAAUAUUUAAGCAGUUGCUAAUGGUCAGUGGAUUUGCUAAAUACUACCAAAUAGCCAAAAGUUUCCGGAACGAGGAUGCUCGUAGUAAUCGCCAAAUCGAAUUUUCACAAUUGGAACUAGAAAUGAGUUUUAUCACUUCGCAACAAAUUAAAUUAUUUAUUGAAAAAUUGUUGAAAACUGUGAUAAAAAAAGUUUUUGGUUAUCACCUAAAAACACCUUUUCCUACUCUAACUUACCACGAAGUAAUAAAAAAGUAUAAAACUGAUAAACCAGAUUUGCAUACCAAAAAAUAUGAACCGUUACGCCAUCCUUUUACUACUCCGCAAAAAAAAUAUAUUGAACUUUGUUUAAAUAAUAAAAUUAAGCCGGAAAAGAUAAUCAGUGAAGCGUUUGACUUAAUUUGUAACGGGGAAGAAAUAUUAAGUGGUAGUAUCCGUAUCCACCAACGCGAAUUACAAGCCAAGGUAUUAGAAAUAUUGGGUUAUAAUCAGGAGGAAAGAGAAAAAUAUUUUGGUUAUUUUUUACAAGCCUUAGAGUUUGCCGCUCCACCGCACGGGGGAAUCGGAUUAGGAAUUGACCGUUUAUUAGCCGUUAUUUGCCAAGUCAAGAAUUUAAAAGAAUUAAUUGCCUUUCCCAAAAAUAUUGACGGCACUUGUUCGCUAACUGGCACACCUGAUUUUAGUAAAUAA